AUGUACGUACCUAAAGUUCACGAUCAUGCACGUACGAUGUAUGCACGAGAGGACGGAGGACGCCACUCUAUACUAAUACUGUGUCCUGUGCGAGAGACCUAUCUCCAACUUGUCAACAACAUAAUGUACAAUGAUAUACGCCGGUAUUCCCCGACUUGGCGCGACGCCAGCCGCGCGCCGGCCGUCAACCGUGCCUCGGAGAGAGCAUUA